GAUUUCUGCAUAUAAUGGCCAACAGUUAACACUGAAUCUUAUCCGCGUAAAGAUGCCAUACUCUCCAGUGAACUACUACAAUUCAGAUCUUAAGAUCUGGAGCAGUGACCAAGUUGUGCAUUACUUCGAUCGCCAUUUAUCAAUUGGAGAAAUUAUCUUCAACGAAAUGCAGAGACAUCCCAAGCUAAUUGCUCAGAUUUCGGCAACGGAAAAUACAAUACUGACCAGGCAAGAGCUGUUUGAGAAUAUAAUGCAUGUCGCAAGUUACAUAAGAUCUGAGGGCCUCCAACAAACUGAUGUGGUUGGAAUUAUUGGCAGGAAUACUACCAAUUUACCCGCCGUGGCCUAUGCUUGUUUUUUCAAUGGAAUUGCUUUCCAUUCUCUAAAUAUUACCUAUGACCGGAACACUAUCGAAAAGCUAUACAACAUUACCAAACCAAAGCUGAUUUUCUGUGAUGGUGAUGAAUUCGAGAAGGUACGAGAGGCCACCUCUCAAUUAAAUGUAAAAAUCAUUACCAUGCGCAAUCACCCUUCGGACUCUAUAACGAUCGAUGAAGUUCUGGCCACGCCAAUCGAGGAUAACUUUCAGCCCGCCGAACUGGAACAUGGAAAUGAUCAAACUUUGGCCAUUCUGUGUUCCUCGGGCACCACUGGCAUUCCCAAGGCUGUGACGAUCUCCAAUAGUCGUCAAAUUUUGGCUGCUAACAACCAUCUGACGACCUCUGAUAUUCAAUACUCCCACAACACUCUUGACUGGAUUACUGGUCUUUUGACCACUAUCACUUCAGGUGUAUAUAGCACAACUCGUAUUAUUGCCGAUAAUGCCUUUGAUCCCGUAUUUGCCAUGCAAAUUAUUAAGGAUUACAAGGUCACAUGGAUCAUACAACCACCGUCCGCAUUGGCUCUAAUGGUCAACACCCCGGAGUUUGAGACUUGUGAUUUGUCCAGUCUACGGUGCUAUAUGUAUGGAGGAUCUCGAGCAUCUCUUGAAGUACAGAACAGAAUAAGGAGUCGCCUGAGCGUGGACUGCUUACAGUUCGCCUAUGGCUUUACAGAGCUGGGCGCCGUCGCCACAAUCAACUUGCAUUUCGAUCAGAAGCCCAAUUCGGUUGGUAGGUUGGUGAAUGGCCUAAGGAUGAAGAUAAUCAACGACAAGGGCGAGUCCUUGGGUCCCGAGGAGUUGGGAGAGGUGUGCAUCAGCAAUGGCCAGUACUGGAUGGGAUACUUUGGAAACCAACAGGAGACCCGCGAUAUGCGUGACCUCAAGCGGUGGUUCCACUCCGGAGACCUGGGCUACGUGGACACUGAUGGCUUUUUGUACAUAAUGGAACGAAAAAAGGAUAUGCUAAAGUACCAGAACAUUAUGUACUAUCCGAAUGAUAUCGAAACAAUCAUCUCUGAAAUGCCAGAAGUAGCAGAGGUGUGUGUUUUUGGAGUGUGGAGCAAUAUCUAUGGGGAUGAGGCUGCCGCAUGUGUGGUCAAGAAACAAGGAUGCAAUCUUAGUGCCCAAGAUGUGGUGGAUUAUGUCCAGUCUCGUACUGACUCCAAAUACAAGCAAUUAAAUGCAGGAGCCAUUAUUGUCGAUGAUCUUAUGCGAAGUGCCAAUGGAAAAACUAAUCGAAUAGCCAACAAAACACAUUACCUUCAAGUUACACAUAGGAGUUAACUACAUGAUUUAACAGAGUUUGCACUUGCAUGAAUAAUAUUACCAAAACUUACCUUUAGAAUUAAAAUUACCUAUUUAAAAAUCGAGAAAUAAACUUUCAUUAAAUGCAAUUUUUGUGUAUUCUCUC